CACCAAUACCUACAGACUUGGUAGCCAAAGGAAACCACUUUACGCACGGCCACCAGGGCUGUCUGCAUCAUCCUCUUCCAUAACACCUCCUAUCAUUCCUUUCAGCAACCUCUCUCUUCCUACCUCAAUAACUUAUCCAGUAGCACCUUGUGUUGCAAUGGAAGUACCACAGACAACAGCAACGGCCACACUGACCCCUACACCCUUGCAGUACCAGUCCCCAGUGAAUGCUGAGAACCAGGCUCCGCCCUCAGUGGUUCCGCCAUCGUUUACUAAUCUGGCUCAGGGAGCAAUGUAUCGACCCGUGUAUCACCACUGGUUCUUCAGGAAGGAAGUUGAAACCAAGGUUUUAUGGCAGCCAUUUAGCAUGGUGGAUUCUCUUGCUCUAGAAGAAGCAUUCAUUUCCACUGAAAUAGCCCCAGAAACACUGGUGCCAACAGAUGGUGGACGGUAUGAUGUGAACAUACUUCGACGGCAGAGAUCAUCUGUAUAUUGGCAGGAAAGUCCAUCCGAAGUUCGACGCUGUUCCUGGUUCUAUAAGGGGUCAACUGACACUCGCUAUGUUCCAUAUGAAGAGAAUGUAUCUACCAGAUUGGAAGAAGAGUUUAAGAUAGCAACAACAAGCAAUGUCUGGCAUCGAAUUGUUGAAUUGCCCAAUAAGGAAACAGUAGUCUUCCAUGGACCUAAUGUUAUGGUCCAUUACCUGCAAGCCACAUCACCAGAUGCAUGGGGGAAUACACCUCAAACACCAUCAAGACCUCGUGUUGUAAAGCGUGGUGUAGAUGAGUUUGAUAUUGAUGAAGGGGAGCCAGUGAAGAUUGAUCACCUUUUAUUCCUUGUCCAUGGCAUUGGUCCAGUGUGUGACCUAAAAUUCAGAACUGUUGAAGAAGUUGUGGAUGAGCUCCGAAGCAUCGCUCUUCAGUUGGUGCGGUCCCAUUUCCGUACAGCAAUGGAACAAGGCAAGGUGAACCGCAUUGAAGUAUUGCCCAUUUCAUGGCAUGCCACGCUUCAUGGGGAAGACACUGGAAUAGACCGCAAACUGAAGAGUAUUACGCUCAGUAGCAUCCCCAAACUACGCCAUUUCACGAAUGACACUUUGUUGGACAUCCUCUUCUACACUAGUCCAGUGUAUUGCCAGACUAUAAUGCAUACUGUUGGCAGAGAGGUGAAUCGGCUGUUCAACUUGUUCAGAAAACGUAAUCCUACAUUUGAAGGUGGUGUGUCAUUAGGAGGACAUAGUCUGGGAUCCCUCAUCUUAUUUGACUUGCUGUGUCACCAGAAGCCAACUGAAGAACAGCUGGUGUGUGAGCCUGCUCCCCCUUCCAGAGAUAGUUCAGCUGAGCGAGCAUCUGUAGAUGGCGACAGUGGUGGCAGUGCUACAGCAAAAGUACCUCCUGCAGAACGUAAACUGAACCAGCGGGUCAGUUAUGUAAUGGGGACUGCAGGCACAGGACAGCCUUACAUCACCUAUCCACAGCUUAAUUUCCAACCAAAAGCUUUUUUUGCUUUGGGCUCGCCAAUUGGGAUGUUUGUUGCUGUGCGUGGGAUUGAAACCCUGGGAGAAGAUUUCCGGCUGCCAACGUGUCCUGGUUUCUUUAAUAUUUUUCAUCCAUUUGAUCCUGUAGCUUACAGAAUAGAGACUUUAGUUAAUCCAGAAUUAACAACUUUGAAACCAGUGUUAAUACCUCAUCACAAAGGAAGGAAGAGAAUGCAUCUUGAACUGAAAGAGACCAUGGCACGUGUAGGAGCAGAUUUGAAGCAAAGAUUAAUGGAAUCUGUGAGGAAUACUUGGAAUACUGUGUACCAGUUAGCAAUGUUUCACCGCUCUGAUGAUCAGGCACUGGAGCAGGAAGUAGACAAAGUAUUAGAAGAACAGUUACAGCAACAGAGUGAGACAGACAGUUGUCAUUCUGGGGCGGAUGGAGAGGCAGACCCGGACGUGUCUGUUGGACAGCUUAAUGGUGGUCGGAGGAUUGAUUAUGUCCUCCAGGAAGCACCACUCGAAAGCUUCAAUGAGUACCUGUUUGUUUUGAAGACACAUGUCUGCUACUGGGAAUCAGAGGACACAAUGCUGAUGAUCCUAAAGGAAGUGUAUUCUACAAUGGGGAUUUCUGCUGACAAUGAGGUUUUACAACAGAAUAUGCCUGCAACUUUUCCAGUAUCAAGCUCUUCUUCAUAUUCUAAUACGUUACCUGAUGCCAGUGGUCCAGGGCUAUCACACCAUGUUGCAGAAAAUAAGGAGACAGGACUGAGAGGUGUCCAACCUGAUUGCUCCUUCAUGUCAAGUCACAUUGAUUCAUCCCCAGUUACAACAUAUGCUGUUGAUCUGCAAAGUUCUGCGGCAAUGGUGACACCAUCAUCUGGACCAACUGCAUCCUCAAUUCUUCCGAGCACUUCUGUAAGCAGUUACCAGCCACGAAUGGGGAUGGAUCCAACAGCACCACCUACAGAAAACAAGAAUUUGGGGCCACCACCAACAUCUGGUUUUGUUAGGAAGUGAACAGAGUCCAGAAAUAUAAAUUAUUCUCCUAUUUAGAGUUAAUUAAUUCUGUAUUAUAUGUGGGGGGUUUGAAUUAUAUGUAUGUAAAUAGAAACUGGACAUGAUAAAGAGUAACGGUAGUAUGACAAAUGUGGAAUUGGUGAAUAUGUCACCCUUAAAUUCUAUAUACAAUUUUGAAUUGUUUAUGAGCUUCUUGGUGAAAAUGGUGUGACUGGAAAUGAAGUAAUUUAUGCUGUACAUUUAUAAACAGCUUUCUUGCUGAUUGUUACUGAGAGAAUGUCUACAUUGUAGCAUCAUUCUGUUGUGUUAUUUUUUAUGGGAUUUUCACACUGCUUUCUAUGAAACAAUUUAUCAAUUUCAGUGAAUCUGGUAACAAAGUAUUGCACUUUGACACCAUCUUGUAAUGAAGAAACCUCUUGAAACUUUUGGUAAUAUGGUGGUUGUAUUUGUAGGUGGUUUUAUAAUUGAAAAACAGAUUACAGAUUCAGUUCACUUUAGCAUAUUCCCUUCAUGAUUUCCAUAAAUAUUCAGCAUUAAUAUUAUAUUUAAGCAUCAUGUUGCACUCUACACAAUAAAUGACAUAAACUCUGUCCCAAGUGCAAACACGUAGUAAAGAAUAGCAGCGGCACGCACACAGGAAGACUACGCAGAAUAACACCUAU